UUUAAAAGCUUUUCUCAUUUUUGGGUUUUAUUGCUUCAUCUCCCACAUUCACUUUCCCCAACCUCACACCUCUCUGUCUCUCUCUCCCUCAUAUCUUGCAGCUUUGGCUUCCAUCACGCCCUCUGGAUCUCUGCCGUCAAACGCUCGCUGUGUCUAAGUCUUACCAUCUUCACCUUUGGAGGUGAUUUCUGGUGAGCCAUUGAAAUAAAGUUGUUUAAACCAAACUGGACAGAGUGUAAAAGUGUAUUUGUCAUGUCUGAUCGGGUUACACGAUCAUAUGAUGCUGGUGAAGGAACAAGUGAGCGAGCUUCAUAUCCUUGUGAAUCUGUUUGGAUGGGUCAUUGGAUGUCCACAACUUGUAAGUCAGAAACCAAGGCAUGUGGUCAUGUAUCAAUUCAUUAUGAGGAUGCCCAACAAAAUAUUCAUGAUUUUAAGAAGCAUGCCUUGUUUAGAGGGUUUGGAGAAGUAACUGAACCCGAAAGAGUAAGAAAAAUCAAUGAGGGUUGUAGUCUGACAGAGAGUUCAAAGGAAACAAGGAAAGAGAGAUGGGAAGGCCAGUCCUUUCCAAUGUUCAGUCUUCCUCCAAAGAUUAGUUUGGCUAAACAAGACCAGCAAAAUUCUACUGUCCAUGCUGGUGUACUUAGUGAGAGUAACUCACCUGCAAUGCCUGCCUGGGCUCUGCAAGCCACCCCAACGCUUCCCGGCGGGCAGGUGAAAUAUCAUAAUUUUCUUGAGAAUAAUAGCCCAGCUGUUUCUGAGUCAUUUCCAGAUGAAUUAAUGAGAUCAGAUUCUGAAAUUGUGCCACAUCAAUUUAAGGGUGGGAGCACUUCUUUGCCUUCUUUCAUGUGUAGAGAGGAGGAAAUUAAUCAUUCGAACUCUCUUCUAGCACCUCGACAAAAUGUCAGAAAUACUAUUAAUCACUCAAGUUCCACAUUGUUGGCUCAUGAGAGGAAUAUCAAUGACAAUUCCAUCUCUAGAAGAUCAGAAGGUUCAUUGUCGAGGCAGAAUGAUGCGGUUUUGGUACAACAUGACCCCUCCAGAAGCAGUAAACAGAAACCAGAUUUUGUUGGUAAGAAUUUCUGGGAAAUGCAAAACCAGUCUGGUGUUGGUUUGCUUCCAAGCAGCAGCAGUCCCCAAGAGGUGACCAAAUUGGAAAAUGUAUAUCAAGGAUACUGUUCUCGGCCAAGCCUUCAGCGUUCUGUGCAUAACAUGGAUACUAUGAGAAUAUGUGCUACUGUCAACGCUGAGGAAGAAUUAUCUGGAGGUCCUCCCAAGUUCUCAAACACAAUCCACCAUUUUCUGUUCUCAAAAAACAUCGGUGUUAACUUGUCUGAAGGAGCUCAAGUGUUUGGACAGUCAACUGUAUCAAAAAAAUUGAAAGGAAAAGCUUCCAGUGAGCUCCGUGGUUUUUCUCCAGAGUAUGUUCUCCCUGUUCAGCCUGGAUUCAAGCUGCUACCUUACAGGAGCUCUACAGACAGUGAAGGAGAGGAAGAUGUACGAGAUGUCAAGGCUCCUGCGGUCGAAUCAUCUUCUGAAACAGAUAUUAUGGGCAUGGAUGCUUUCCAGGAUAACCUUCUUCCUGGUGUCGUGGCGUCAUCUCCAUCAGAUAAGCAUGUUGAGAGGGGCGAGAAGUCACCUACAUCUCAAUCAGCCUUCACUUCAGGCAGAGAAGAGAUUGGAGCUAGACUUACUUACACAAAAUUAUUUGACAUAAAUCAGGUUGCACCUUUUGCAAGUUCAGCAGAAGAAAGGGAGACAAGCACUUCAAAAACCCAGAGUUUGGAUGUGGAACAUCUCCUUUCCCAUGCUGAGCAGCCCACAAAUUCAAAAUCCAUUGCAAGUCCAGAAGGACCUCGGGGACCAGAGCCAGGCAGCAGGUGGGUUAAACGUCUCAAGUUGAGUGCUUCUCAGUCUGCUCAUGGUACAAAAAGCUCAAAAAUGGGAGAAGCCUCUUCACAUGAAAAAGUGAACAAAUUUUCUAACAGGAUUAUGAAAUGCGGUAUAACUAGUUCACAACCUUCUAUGGGCAGAUUUCUUGGUAAAGAACAGAUGGCAUUGGAUCAAACUGCAACUUUAUUAAGAAAUGGUGAGUCGUCUUCCAUUGACUCGGGGGCGAAAAUUCAAAAUAUAACACUCUCACAUCCUUGGAUUCGGAGGUGGUCUAAUAAAAUAGCAUCCCAAAAGAAGUCUGAAGCAGUGGUUGUUUUCAAAUCGCAACGUUUGAAAGCAACAGUAGCUGAAUUUCAAAAGAAGCAGUUUCCAAGCAUUGCUGCUAUGGCACUCAUGGGAAAGGCCAUGAGUGGUUUCCAUCCAUGUGAGUUUGCAAACAAGGGGUCAUUUGUGGUUUGGAAUACCAAAGGAUUUUAAAUAAAUGUCAUGCAUCUCUGGAAAGAAGAGUAGGGUAUACAAAGCAUGGGAUGAGGACAUUGGCUUGACGAAGAUAAAGAAUGCAUUGUCCAUCUAUGAGAAUCCAUGACGAGGGCUGAUUGUGGAGUUAUAUAUUAUGAAUGUUGCUGUCGGUUUGGCCAGUAGGAUUAAUUAGAGGCUCUUGUUUCUCGAGUAUGGCCACUACAAUGGAGGAUGAGAGUGGCGUGUCAACUUCGUUUACUUAAUUUGGGUAAUUGGAAAGCAAUGUCCUAGAUGUGAUCCUUUUGCUUUUCCCAAAAUUACUGGAAGGAAUCUUCAAGGAUCGUAUUAGUCAUCCCCCCAAUCUAUGCAUGCCUGAACAAUUCUAUUGUUAGCUUUUACAUGUUACUAUAAUCUGGGGUUAUUAAAUACUUCAAUGACUUGCUUGUGGUGAAUGGUUCAAUUAUCAUUGAAGUGGCCGGAGGAAUCAUAAAGGUGAAUUACUCUGAUGGCCACCCAUUAGGCUCCAGAAGCUGCUGAUUCAGCUGGUGAUGCAAGGGAGGUCUUCGUAGAGAAGAGUUAAGGACAAAUGAUGCAGAGGAUCGCUUCCAUUGUUCAAGUCAAGCGCGAUACUAUCGUCUUGAUACACCACAACAUCCAUAGACUGAGAAGGAGAAACUGUUGAUGAUCUUCUGCUUCGAAUUAGAACAAAAAAAAAAAAAUGAUGUGAGCAAGUUUUACAAUUCCUGCGCCUUCUGAUUGGCUGUCUAUAUACUUUUAUGCUGUUUUGGUAUCUGGUUGCCCUCCCCAAGUCUUGCUUUAAGGUUCUGUAACAUAUGCCGUAAAUUUUCCUCCAUCUUCUUUGGAGAAUAUGUUGGUUGUUUAAGAAAUCAAUGAAUUUUCAGUUUUGUAAGGCAUUAUGGAGAAAAGUUUUGUUGAUCCA